AAGAGGCGGAUAUGAAGGAGGCCAGCAUGGUGACAUUUAUCUGUGUAAAGCAGGAAACUAUAUCUCAAGGGGGACUGUUUAAAAAAAAAAAAAAAUUGUGUAACGACUAUAUAAGCGGCUAGAUCAGCGAGAAGUGUGUAUUCGUAACAGUUAUAUAUACGAUGCGGUAUUUCGUUUUGUAAUGGUGAAAUGUAUCAUAUGAUACACUUACCAUUUCUUUAAAUACAAAACGGGAAGGUUAUAUAGAGCGAGGCUGAGUUAUGCUUGACACAUACCGGCAAAUUCUUUCAAGCGCGAGACAAUUGUAACAAUCGUCAGCAUACAUUCCUUUUACAAGUUUUCCCAAAUUAAAAAUCGCCAUUUAAUUUAAUUCUUCCUCUCUGCUGCUUGAAUUUAUGGUAAUAUUUAUCUCAUUUCGUGUUUAUGCAACCCAGCAAUUAUAACACUUAAUUUGCGCUUUAAACAUUUGUAAUAAUGGGGGUUGGAACCGAGAACAGAACCCCGAACACAUCUAGUAAGUUUGCCUUGCACGUUGGAGAGGAAAAAGAGGAGGCAGCGCUUGCCAAGAUGACAGCCGCCAACCCUGAAGCCAUGCAGUUGGCGAAUGUUGAUCAAACUACUGAACCGAGAGGGACUUGGGGUCGGCGCCUGGAGUUCGUGCUCGCCUCCAUCGGUUAUGCGGUGGGUUUGGGAAACGUGUGGCGCUUUCCGUACCUGUGCUACAGGAGCGGAGGAGGUGCUUUCUUGAUUCCCUACUUUAUCAUGUUGUUACUCUGUGGUAUCCCCCUGCUCUUCAUGGAGUUCACCGUUGGGCAGUACACUCGUCUGGGGCCAGUCCACGCUCUGGCUAAAAUAUGUCCCCUCUUCAAAGGUGUGGGACUUGCCACAGUGGUCAUUUCUUUUGUGCUCUGCACCUACUACAAUGUGCUCAUGACCUGGGCCCUCUAUUACCUGCUUAACUCUUUCAACCUCUCGUUGCCAUGGCAAUCCUGCAAUAACACAUGGAAUGCAGUUGGCAACUGUUCCACUGGUUUCCCUGGCAAUGCCACACAUCUGCAAUCAGCGAGUCAACAGUUCUUCGAUCAUAAGGUGCUCGACAUGACAAAGGGGAUUGAGCACACUGGAGGGAUUCGCUGGGAGCUGUUUGGCCUUCUAGUUCUGGCCUGGGCCAUUGUUUAUUUCUGCAUCUUUAAAGGAGUCAAAUCCACAGGAAAGGUUGUGUACUUCACUGCUACGUUCCCUUAUUUCAUACUGUUUGCUUUGCUGAUCAAUAAUGUCCAGCUGCCUGGAGCUAAAGAUGGCAUCCUCUUCUUCCUCAUGCCAAACUGGAGCAAGCUCUUGGAAGUCCAGGUUUGGGUCAACGCUGCUGCUCAGAUCUUUAACUCCAUUGGAAUCUCCUUUGGUUCUAUGAUAUCUAUGGCCAGUUACAACAAGUACAACAACAACAUUCUCCGGGACACAUUUAUCGUUGCUCUUGCUAAUUCAGCCACCAGUAUCCUGGCCGGCUUUGUGAUUUUCUCUGCCAUCGGGUACAUGGCCCACAUUCACAGUCUGCCUGUGGAUGACAUUGCCACAGAUGGGCCUGGUCUGGUGUUUGUGGUGUAUCCUGAGGUCUUCUCCACUAUGCCCAUCUCUCAGCUUUGGGCUCCUCUGUUUUUUAUCAUGAUACUCUGCCUCGGACUGGACAGUCAGUUUGCCAUGGUGGAAGUGGCUGUAACAUUCAUCAUGGAUGGUUUUGGCAAGAAAGUUUUGCAAGUUUUUAAGAGGAAGGAGCUGAUUGUUCUGGCGGUGUGCAGUAUUGGCUUCCUGCUGGGGAUUCCUCACAUUUCCAGGGGUGGGAUCUAUGUGUUUCAACUGAUGGAUCACUACACAGCAGUGGUAUCACUGAUGUUUCUGGCCUUCUUCGAGGUGCUCGCUGUCACUCUUAUAUUUGGAGAGAAACGGCUCAGUUUAAUGGUGGAGAACAUGCUGGGAAAGAAACCAAAUCUUUUCUUCCGUGUGUGCUGGCAGUUUCUGUCACUUGUGCUUGUAUUGGGUAUUUUGAUUUCCAGUAUUUUUCAGUAUACUCCAGCUCGAUACGGUAAGUCAUACACAUACCCAGUGUGGGCAGAGGUGGUGGGCUUGUUCAUCUCUCUCAUCUCCAUCAUCUGGAUCCCAUUGGGGGCUCUACACGAGCUCUUGACAACCAAAGGAUCUCUGCUGCAGAGGUUGAAAGUGUCCUUAACUCCGACUGUAGAUCUGGAGCCUGUCUCAGAGAAACCAGCUGCGGUGUCCAUUGCGUUGUUAACUAUCCCUUAGACACUUGCGAGAGUGUGUGUUCUUAAAUGUGUUUACUCGUUAGAGAUGAAGAGUAGCUCUGCUUAAACUGUAAAAAUAUUUGACAGAUUAAGUAUUUAUUUUCUGUUUAUUUGAGAUUUAUGCUGAAUAGUAUAAACCAUAAUAAUGGUCGCAGAAUUACAAUAUGCCAUUAAUUGCAUGGAAAUAUUUAACUAGUUUAACAAAUGUUUUCUUUUUGUUUUUUAUUUUGUUUUUUACAUGUAUUUCAUUAUUUGAUAUCUUAAUUCAGAGUGCUGUGAAACAGCUUUGUAAUGUACAAAAGUGAACUUCUAGAAUGUCAGACAUUCGAGCUUGAAUGCAUUUUUUUAAAUCUAAAAUAUAUCUGACAAUGUAAUGAGAGAGAGAAAGAAAGAGAGAGAGAGAGAGAGAGAGAUGACAAGAUGUGGUAGACUUUCAAAUAUUUACGCUUUGAAACUUAAGUCUACAUAUAAUAUAUCUUUUGAUACACUUAGUUAAAGAAUUUAAAAACCCAGAAGUGAUGUUUAGAAUGUUAGGGAGAAAAUACUUGAUUUAAAAAAAAAAACAUAAUUCCAAAAACUGUUUGGUGUCACUGCACCAACAACGCCUUUACAGAACAAGAAUGUUUCCAUGAAAUUCUUAUAUUCCAAGUUCUCAAAUGUAAAUAUCACCUUGUUGUGGAUACAACAACGUGUUCAGAUUCUAUAGAUUAUAGAAAAGAGAAAUAUAGAAAUGCUGCUUUCUGAGUGUCACUAAUGCCCUUGUGUUCAUGGAGGACCAUGGUUACAUAUACUAGUGUAUAUUAACUGAAAAUCACCUUUAGAACUGAUCACUUUUUACUUUUGUUGCUUUUGCUGUUAGUUAGCAGCUUCAACAUUUACUAUGACACAUAUUAAAACAUAUUCAAAUGUUUAACUGGCAAAAAACCUACAACAUUAUAUUUGCCAAACAUCCCUGAUUUUGAGGAAAAUUAGAGAAAAAGUAAAAGGUUGAAAUUAAAAAUGUGUGUGGCCUUUAUUGUAAGCACUGUUUGAAACUUUCAGACCUAUGCAUUUAGAUAUAGACAAAGAUUUGCCUGAAAUCAAGGUUUACAUUUAAAACAGCUUCUUUUAAUAUUUGCCUUUAAAUUUAGAUUUUCCAAUUUAGAGAGAAAGGUACCUUUAGAAGGAAUUUAGAAAAAUUUGCCAAAGGUUAUAUCAAAAUAUCUGCUGAUACCAAAAUGAGAGAAGCACAUAUUUUUAUUUUUUUUAUUUUUUAUUUAUUUAUUUUUUAUUUUUUUGCAUGGUAGUAUUAAACUAGAAAUAUAAAAGUUAUUCUGCCAUGAUUACAGAACAGCAUAUUACAGAAAUAAUUGAAAAUGUAAAUAAUUCUACAAUUGAACUAUUCCACCCUGAUACGCACAAAUUAUUACAACCUAUUUUAAUCUUUUUGUUUUUGUAUAUCAUACAAUCACAGCUGUUUAGAUAAAGUUUGUCCUUCUAACUACAACACUUUGCUGUAAAUUGUUUAUUUUACUAUAGUUGUUUUUUUAUAUUCAUAUUAUCAUGUUGUGUAUUCAUAUUAUCACAUCUCUGUUUGAAUGAGUACUUUCAUUUUAAUUUGCUUUGUUUGAUAAGAACAAAAUGUAGUACUGAUUGAUAAUGGUCACUUAUAUUUAAACAGUUUAUCUUUGUCGUGUUUAAUAAUUUCUGUUGUAUUUUCUCUGAUUAUCAAGUUAAAAUAAACCUUUUUUAUAUUUAAACUUUUUUGUGUCAUGACAGGCAGUUUCCUAAGCAAUAAGUGGUCUCAUCAAAAUAAAAGGCAUUGUUUUGUCAUUUGCAGAUCUAUU